CUACCCGUUCGCAUGUCCAACCAUUCUGCAUCGCUCGGAGUAACAGCCACGCAGACUAGAAAAAAAAGGUACAACGCACUUUCUAAGGGGAGAGAGUGAGAAGGGAGGGGAGAGAGAAAAACUCCCUGGACACCGAGGAAGACUCGGGUUGAUAAAGCAAGAAAAGUUUUUUUUAUAAGAGAGAAAUAAGUUUCGAUUGGGACGAAGAAGACGUGCUUUUAUCGACUGCUGGGACAGAGGAGGGGAAGAGAACACUGCCGAAGAUGCUCAAGCUGCUGUGUUAAAGUUGUUGCAACUCAAGACUGCUCAUAGACAAACAGAAAGCAAAGAGACAACAGAGCCCUUGGCCUUGCUUGAGCAAUCCAAAGAAAACCAAGGCAGAAACAAACCACACCAGAGCAUAUACAGAGGACAAGAAAAAACAAAAGAUGGCUGAGGAGGAGGAAACCAGGGAGGUGCUCUUCUCUGACUGGUCGGGUCCAGAGAAACAGGGAAUGACCCUUGAGCAGUCAGGCGAAGGAGAGAUCUAUGUCAAAGAGGUGAAAAUGGAGUCGCCUGCUGGACGCACUGGAAGAGUACACGAGGGUGAUCAAAUUGUGGGUGCCACCAUCUAUUUUGACAACAUGAGUUCCAAGGAGACGACGGAGCUCCUCAAGACCCUAAACAAACACAAGGUUGGUCUGAAACUACAGAACAAGGACAAGUCACCAUGCCGCUCCCCCAUGGGCACUCUGUCACCCUGCCGCUCCCCAAUGGGAACUCUGACGUAUGAAGGGAAAGGGAGGUUUGGAGGCUCCAGCCAAGACAGUAUCCUGAGUGGGGAUGAUGAAGAUUACAAGAGAAUAUUUUCCAAGAAGAUUAAGCCCCGGCUGAAGUCUGAGGAUCUGGCGGAAGGCGUGGACGUCCGUACGGAGCGUCACAGCAGCACCAGCACCGACGGCAGCACGAUCACCACCAUCACCCGUCGCAUCACUACCUACACUGUGGACAUGCCAGAGGGCGUGGACGAGCAGCUUGAUCUAACCAGCCCAGAGUUCAAAGGGCAACGGUACGAGCAGUCAGGAGGGGGCAGCUCGUCUCAAAUACGAGUUUUACACGGAAGCGGAAGCCCUUCAGGUAUAGGAGGUGGAUCGGAGGGGGGUGAUUUUGAACUAGGAGGUGAUGGUGUUUCUUUCACUGGGCCGGAUGUAACUAGCUCCUCUGAGAAGCACUGGAGCACUGGAGGGGUGAAGACCACCACUGUUACGAGGCAGAUAGAGGGGGGAGAUGGUGGAGCAGCAGGGAUCAGAUUCAAAGGAUCUAGCUUUGGGAUGCCCGGGGCGAAGGGUCAGCGGGAGUUCGGCCUCUAUAGAGGGGGUGAGCAGGGAGACGGGAGCUUUCAGGUUUCAGGUGACUCAGCUGACUACCAGGCAGGAUCAGUCAAUGUCACGGUCCCUGGAAAAACAACAAAUAUUUCAUCCAGCUCCAUAUCAAUGGGUAAAGGGGAGGUGAGAGGAGUAGACGUUCAUUUGCCUGGUAGGGGCAGUGCAGACUGGCAGGGUAGGGCCGGAGGUUCAGUACCUGGAAUAACCAUUAGUGAUCAACAGAUGAGAGGGCCUGGGAGCAUAGGUCUCUCCAGAGGCAACCAGGGUGGGGUUUCCUUACCCAACAUGCCAGGCAUUGAUACAGGCUUGAAUGGGGGCAAGAUAUCAACAGACAUAAGAGCGCCAACACUUGACAUCAAUACCUCAGGCAUGAAGGAGUCUGGCUCAGUGCAAAUGUCUGUAAAAGAAACAACAAUGGAAAGCAAACUCAAAGGUGGCAUCAAAAUGCCAUCAUUUGGACUGAACACUGGAGGUGCAGACGGCGAUGGAGAUGUUAAACUACCGAAGGUGAAGGGUAGUGUAGAUGUUUCGGUACCCGGGGUAGAUGUAGAUUUAUCAGGCGCAUCUAUGAAUAUGAAAGGAGGAAAGACGAUAGGUGGUGUUUCCAUCAAAGCACCCAAAGUAGACAUUAAAGGUUCAGGUGUUGAUAUAGAAGGUCCAGAAGGCGGUUUCAAGAUACCCAAAGUAAAGAUACCAUCAUUUGGAGUUAGAGGAGCCGGACUUGAGGGUCCUGGUGUCGAUGUCAACCUACCAAAAGCUGACAUUGACAUCAAAGCUCCCAAAGUAGACAUUAAAGGUCCAUCAAUAUCAGGACCAAAGAUCUCAAUGCCCGAUGUGGACUUCAAUCUGAAAGGCCCAAAGGUGAAGGGAGAUUUGGGAGACCUCAAAGCACCCAAAUUAGGCAUUGAAGGUCCAGAUGUUGACAUUGAAGGUUCAGGAGGAUUUAAGAUGCCAAAGAUGAAGAUGCCCUCAUUUGGAAUCAAAGGACCCAAAGUUGGAGAUGUUGAUGUCAACCUACCUAAAGGUGACAUUGUUCAGGGACCUAAUGUUAACAUCAAAGGUCCAGAACUUGACUUCGAAGGCCCUGAUGGGAAAAUCAAGGGUCCAAAAUUCAAGAUGCCAUCAAUUCGCCCAAACAUCUCAAUGCCUGAUAUGGACAUCAAUCUGAAAGGUCCAAAGGUGAAGGGAGAUGUGUCAGUGCCAAAGCUGGAAGGAGACAUCAAGGCUCCCAAAGUUGACAUUAAAGGUCCAUCAAUAUCAGGACCAAAGAUCUCAAUGCCCGAUGUAGACUUCAAUCUUAAAGGCCCAAAGGUGAAGGGAGAUUUGGGUAUGUCAGGAGACCUCAAAGCACCCAAAGUAGACAUUGAAGGUCCAGAUGUUGACAUUGAAGGUUCAGGAGGAUUUAAGAUGCCAAAGAUGAAGAUCCCUCAUUUGGAAUCAAAGGAUCUAAAUUGGAGGGUCCAGAUAUUGAUGUCAACCUACCAAAAGCUGACAUUGACAUCAAGCUCCCAAGUUGACAUUAAAGGUCCAUCAAUAUCAGGACCAAAGAUCUCAAUGCCCGAUGUGGACUUCAAUCUGAAAGGCCCAAAGGUGAAGGGAGAUUUGGGUAUGUCAGGAGACCUCAAAGCACCAAAUGACAUUGACAAAGGACCUAAUGUUAACAUCAAAGGUCCAGAACUUGAAUUCGAAGGCCCUGAUGGGAAAAUCAAGGGUCCAAAAUUCAAGAUGCCAUCAAUGUCAGGCCCAAACAUCUCAAUGCCUGAUGGACAUAAUCUGAAAGGUCCAAAGGUGAAGGGAGAUGUGUCAGUGCCAAAGCUGGAAGGAGACAUCAAGGCUCCCAAAGUUGACAUUAAAGGUCCAUCAAUAUCAGGACCAAAGAUCUCAAUGCCCGAUGUGGACUUCAAUCUGAAAGGCCCAAAGGUGAAGGGAGAUUUGGGUAUGUCAGGAGACCUCAAAGCACCCAAAGUAGGCAUUGAAGGUCCAGAUGUUGACAUUGAAGGUUCAGGAGGAUUUAAGAUGCCAAAGAUGAAGAUGCCCUCAUUUGGAAUCAAAGGAUCUAAAUUGGAGGGUCCAGAUAUUGAUGUCAACCUACCAAAAGCUGACAUUGACAUCAAGUCUCCCAAAGUUGACAUUAAAGGUCCAUCAAUAUCAGGACCAAAGAUCUCAAUGCCCGAUGUGGACUUCAAUCUGAAAGGCCCAAAGGUGAAGGGAGAUUGUAUGUCAGGAGACCUCAAAGCACCCAAAGUAGGCAUUGAAGGUCCAGAUGUUGACAUUGAAGGUUCAGGAGGAUUUAAGAUGCCAAAGAUGAAGAUGCCCUCAUUUGGAAUCAAAGGAUCUAAAUUGGAGGGUCCAGAUAUUGAUGUCAACCUACCAAAAGCUGACAUUGACAUCAAGGCUCCCAACGUUGACAUUAAAGGUCCAUCAAUAUCAGGACCAAAGAUCUCAAUGCCCGGUGACUUCAAUCUGAAAGGCCCAAAGGUGAAGGGAGAUUUGGGUCUGUCAGGAGACCUCAAAGCACCCAAAGUAGGCAUUGAAGGUCCAGAUGUUGACAUGAAGGUUCAGGGAUUUAAGAUGCCAAAGAUGAAGAUGCCCUCAUUUGGAAUCAAAGGACCCAAAGUUGAGGGAGAUUUUGAUGUCAACCUACCUAAAGGUGACAUUGACAAAGGACCUAAUGUUAACAUCAAAGGUCCAGAACUUGACUUCGAAGGCCCUGGGAAAAUCAAGGGUCCAAAAUUCAAGAUGCCAUCAAUGUCAGGCCCAAACAUCUCAAUGCCUGAUAUGGACAUCAAUCUGAAAGGUCCAAAGGUGAAGGGAGAUGUGUCAGUGCCAAAGCUGGAAGGAGACAUCAAGGUCCCAAAGGAGAUUUGUGGUAUGUCAGGAGACCUCAAAGCAACCAAAGUAGGCAUUGAAGGUCCAGAUGUUGACAUUGAAGGUUCAGGAGGAUUUAAGAUGCCAAAGAUGAAGAUGCCCUCAUUUGGAAUCAAAGGACCCAAAGUUGAGGGAGAUUUUGAUGUCAACCUACCUAAAGGUGACAUUGACAAAGGACCUAAUGUUAACAUCAAAGGUCCAGAACUUGACUUCGGCCCCGAUGGGAAAAUCAAGGGUCCAAAAUUCAAGAUGCCAUCAAUGUCAGGCCCAAACAUCUCAAUGCCUGAUAUGGACAUCAAUCUGAAAGGUCCAAAGGUGAAGGGAGAUGUGUCAGUGCCAAAGCUGGAAGGAACAUCAAGGCUCCAAAGAGACCUCAAAGCACCCAAAGUAGACAUUGGGCCAGAUGUUGACAUUGAAGGUUCAGGAGGAUUUAAGAUGCCAAAGAUGAAGAUGCCUUCAUUUGGAAUCAAAGGAUCUAAUUUGGAGGGUCCAGAUAUUGAUGUCAACCUACCAAAAGCUGACAUUGACAUCAAGGCUCCCAAAGUUGACAUUAAAGGUCCAUCAAUAUCAGGACCAAAGAUCUCAAUGCCCGAUGUGGACUUCAAUCUGAAAGGCCCAAAGGUGAAGGGAGAUUUGGGUAUGUCAGGAGACCUCAAAGCACCCAAAGUAGGCAUUGAAGGCAGAUAUGCCAAAGAUGAGAUGCCCUCAUUUGGAAUCAAAGGAUCUAAAUUGGAGGUCUCCAAAGUUGACAUUAAAGGUCCAUCAAUAUCAGGACCAAAGAUCUCAAUGCCCGAUGUGGACUUCAAUCUGAAAGGCCCAAAGGUGAAGGGAGAUGUGGGUAUGUCAGGAGACCUCAAAGCACCCAAAGUAGGCAUUGAAGGUCCAGAUGUUGACAUUGAAGGUUCAGGAGGAUUUAAGAUGCCAAAGAUGAAGAUGCCCUCAUUUGGAAUCAAAGGAUCUAAAUUGGAGGGUCCAGAUAUUGAUGUCAACCUACCAAAAGGCGACAUUGACAUCAAGGCUCCCAACGUUGACAUUAAAGGUCCAUCAAUAUCAGGACCAAAGAUCUCAAUGCCCGAUGUAGACUUCAAUCUAAAGAUGCCAAAGAUGGAGAUGCCCUCAUUUGGAAUCAAAGGAUCUAAAUUGGAGGGUCCAGAUAUUGAUGUCAACCUACCCAAAGGCGACAUUGACAUCAAGGCUCCCAACGUUGACAUUAAAGGUCCAUCAAUAUCAGGACCAAAGAUCUCAAUGCCCGAUGUGGACUUCAAUCUGAAAGGCCCAAAGGUGAAGGGAGAUUUGGGUCUGUCAGGAGACCUCAAAGCACCCAAAGUAGGCAUUGAAGGUCCAGAUGUUGACAUUGAAGGUUGGAGGAUUAAGAUGCCAAAGAUGAAGAUGCCCUCAUUUGGAAUCAAAGGACCCAAAGUUGAGGGAGAUUUUGAUGUCAACCUACCUAAAGGUGACAUUGACAUCAAGGGACCUAAUGUUAACAUCAAAGGUCCAGAACUUGACUUCGAAGGCCCUGAUGGUAAAAUCAAGGGUCCAAAAUUCAAGAUGCCAUCAAUGUCAGGCCCAAACAUCUCAAUGCCUGAUAUGGACAUCAAUCUGAAAGGUCCAAAGGUGAAGGGAGAUGUGUCAGUGCCAAAGCUGGAAGGAGACAUCAAGGCUCCCAAAGUUGACAUUAAAGCACCCAAAGUAGGCAUUGAAGGUCCAGAUGUUGACAUUGAAGGUCAGGGAUUUAAGAUGCCAAAGAUGAAGAUGCCCUCAUUUGGAAUCAAAGGAUCUAAAUUGGAGGGUCCAGAUAUUGAUGUCAACCUACCAAAAGCUGACAUUGACAUCAAGGCUCCCAACGUUGACAUUAGGCCAUCAAUAUCAGGACCAAAGAUCUCAAUGCCCGAUGUGGACUUCAAUCUGAAAGGCCCAAAGGUGAAGGGAGAUUUGGGUAUGUCAGGAGACCUCAAAGCACCCAAAGUAGGCAUUGAAGGUCCAGAUGUUGACAUUGAAGGUUCAGGAGGAUUUAAGAUGCCAAAGAUGAAGAUGCCCUCAUUUGGAAUCAAAGACCAAGUUGAGGGAGAUGUUGAUGUCAACCUACCUAGUGACAUUGACAUCAAGGGACCUAAUGUUAACAUCAAAGGUCCAGAACUUGACUUCGAAGGCCCUGAUGGGAAAAUCAAGGGUCCAAAAUUCAAGAUGCCAUCAAUGUCAGGCCCAAACAUCUCAAUGCCUGAUAUGGACAUAAAUCUGAAAGGUCCAAAGGUGAAGGGAGAUGUGUCAGUGCCAAAGCUGGAAGGAGACAUCAAGGCUCCCAAAGUUGACAUUAAAGGCCCAAAGGUGAAGGGAGAUUUGGGUAUGGCAGGAGACCUCAAAGCACCCAAAGUAGGCAUUGAAGGUCCAGAUGUUGACAUUGAAGGUUCAGGAGGAUUUAAGAUGCCAAAGAUGAAGAUGCCCUCAUUUGGAAUCAAAGGAUCUAAAUUGGAGGGUCCAGAUAUUGAUGUCAACCUACCAAAAGCUGACAUUGACAUCAAGGCUCCCAACGUUGACAUUAAAGGUCCAUCAAUAUCAGGACCAAAGAUCUCAAUGCCCGAUGUGGACUUCAAUCUGAAAGGCCCAAAGGUGAAGGGAGAUUUGGGUAUGUCAGGAGACCUCAAAGCACCCAAAGUAGGCAUUGAAGGUCCAGAUGUUGACAUUGAAGGUUCAGGAGGAUUUAAGAUGCCAAAGAUGAAGAUGCCCUCAUUUGGAAUCAAAGGAUCUAAAUUGGAGGGUCCAGAUAUUGAUGUCAACCUACCAAAAGCUGACAUUGACAUCAAGGCUCCCAAUGUUGACAUUAAAGCUGACAUUGACAUCAAGGCUCCCAACGUUGACAUUAAAGGUCCAUCAAUAUCAGGACCAAAGAUCUCAAUGCCCGAUGUGGACUUCAAUGUAAAAGGGCCGAAGGUGAAGGGAGAGGUGGAUGUGUCAUUGCCAAAGAUAAAAGGAGACCUCAAAGCACCCAAAGUAGACAUUGAAGGACCAGAUGUUGACAUUGAAGGUUCAGGUGGAAUUAAAAUGCCAAAGAUGAAGAUGCCGUCUAUGUCAAUGCCUGAUGUUGAUUUCAGUCUCAAAGGACCAAAAUUCAAAGGGGGAGUUGAGGGAGAAAUCAGUCCACCCAAAGCUGAAUUUGAUGGAUUGGAUAUCUCAGUAGAGAGUCCUGACAUUGCACCAAAGAAGUCUAAGUUCAAAAUGCCAAAGUUUGGAUUCGGAGGGCCAAAAAUCAAGUCUCCUGAGGUUGAUGUAAAUCUAGCAAAAGCAGAUAUUAAUGUCAAAGUACCGAAAGGUAGUCUUCCAGACAUUGACCUUGAUAUUGGGGCUACCAGCCCUAAAGUCAAAGGAUCCAAAUUCAAAAUGCCUAAAUUUGGAUUCAAAAGCCCCAAGGUAGAGAUACCAGAUGUAGAUAUUAACCUUCCUAAAGCUGACAUUGACUUCAAGGGACCCAGUGUCGAUAUUAAAGGUCCUCAUAUUGACAUUGAAAGUCCUGAUGGCAAAAUCAAGGGCCCAAAAAACAAGAUGCCAACAAUAUCAGGACCAAAGGUCUCCAUGCCUGAUGUGGAUUUCAACCUAAAAGGUCCAAAGAUGAAAGGAGAUAUCAAUAUACCAGUCCCCAAGAUCGAAGGAGACUUCAAAGGUCCAAACCUAGACAUGGAAGGUCCAGAUGGUAAAAUCAAAGGGACAAAAUUCAAGAUGCCGUCAAUAUCAGGACCAAACAUCUCAAUGCCUGACAUGGACUUCAACCUGAAAGGUCCAAAGGUGAAGGGAGAUUUGGAUUAUGUCCAAGCUGAAGGGAGAUUUGGAUAUGUCAGGAACCUCAAAGGACCAAAAGUAGACAUUGAAGGUCCAGAUGUGGACAUUGAAGGUUCAGAGAAGGAUUUAAGAUAUCUACCUAAAGGCGACAUUGACAUUGAAGGUCCAGAUAUUGACAUUGAAGGUCCAGAUGGUAAAAUCAAAGGGCCGAAAUUCAGAUGCCAUCAUCGUCCUGGACCAAGAUCUCAUGCUGAUUUCAACGUCCAGCAUCUCAACAUCAGAGGCCCUGAUGCAAAGUUGUCCGGUGGAUCCCUUGAUAUGGGAAGUCCCAGUUUCAGUAUUGACAAACCAGAUGUCAAGUUUCCAAAGUUCAAAGGUCCCACAUUUGGUAUUAGGUCACCUGAAGUUGAAGGACCUGAACUGAAUAUUUAUCACGGAAAGAUGGAUGUGAAGGCACCUGAGGUUGACCUUAACCUAGGGGAUGCAAAUAUCAAAGGACCUAAAUUCAAGGCACCAAAGAUCCAUAUGGGAGGCAAGAGCCCCAAAUUAGAUGUUAAUUUGCCAGAGGUUGACAGUAGUCUAGAAGCCCCUGAUGUUGACGUUCAUGUCAAAGGAAAGAAAGGCAAAUUCAAACUACCCAAAAUCAAAGGGAAAGCAAAGAAACCUAAUGUUGAUAUUGACCUUGAAACUUCAGGUGUAGAUUUAGAUGUUGACUCUCCUGAGCUUCACCUGAAAGGAGCAAAAGUAAAGAAACCCUUCUUUGGAAAACUUCAUUUCCCCGACGUGGAAUUUGAUGUAAAAUCUCCCAAAGUUAAAGGUGAUGGCUCUCUGUCUGGUGGCUUGUCAUCUGGGAGCCUACAAGCCAAUAGUGAGACACCAGAUCUAAACGUGCAAGCCCCGGAUGUAAAAACUAAGUCUAACAUAAAAUUUCCAGGGAUGAAAAUCAAAGGGCCCCAGGUAAAUGUACCUGAUGUCGAUGUAAAUGUGAACAGGAAAAAUGUGAAAGGAGAGGCAAGCCUUUCAGGAGAUCUAAAAGGUCCUAAGAUAGAUAUUGGAGGAGUGGGAGGAGGAGUAGAUGUAGACUCAAAUGUUUCAGGAUACAGUGGACUACAUUUCCCAGAGGGACAUGUAUCAUUCCCCAAAAUCAAUGUUUCGAAGUACCAUGGACCAGAGAUGGGAGAAGAUGUUGAUGCAGGAGCAAGAGCAGGGGCAGGGGCAGCAGUGCGGGGUGGAAAGAUUGAUGUGCAGGCUCCUUCGGUUAGUGGUAGUUCUCCGAGCCUGGAGGUGCACAGUGGUGAGAAAGUAAAGGUCAAGAUGCCAAGGUUCGGUUUUGGCAAGUCUAAAGCAAAGGGAGGUAGUGCAGCGGAUCUUAGCUUCCAGGGGCCGGACGCAGAACUUGGAGCCGGUGGUCGUGGCGGCGUUAAGGGCUCCAAAGAGUUGAGUUUAAGUCAUGGGGAGUUAGUAAGUGGCAAGUUGUCAGUAGAGGGAGGAUCUGGGCAUAGUGUGUCCCCUAAGAGCAAGUCGGCCUCACUGGAUCUUUUUAAGAAAUCAAGGCAUCGGUCUUCCUCUGUGGCGAGUGACGAGGGAGAUCUGGCUGCGUCUUCCCCCUCAAGUCACUUAAGUGCUGAGGSUGGCGACAUCUCUGUAGAUGUCGGCAGGGCCAAGGUGAAAGGAAAGAAGUUAAAGUUUGGCACCUUUGGUGGUUUUGGCUCAAAGUCAAAGGGCUCAUAUGAAGUGCGACUGGGUGAAGAUAGUGAAGAGAGAGUUGAGGUAAGUGGUGUAUCUCUCCCCUCUAAAAAGUCUAGAAUCUCUUCAUCCUCCAGUAGCGACAGUGGGUCUAGAGGUGGUUUCCGUUUCCCAAAACUCGAGUUGUCUGUGUCACCAAAGAAAUGAGGAAUUGUGAGGAUAAUUAUAAACUACUACCCAAUUGUCUGUUCCAUGUACACAACACCCCUAUCUGCUCAAGUUUUUAAAACUUGAGCAGAUGAGUUCACAUCUCAUCUCAAUGUAACAUUACGUGUGUGUUAUUCCCUUUUGGACUUUCUCCACACAUUUGUCUUAUUACAUAUGGGGUAGAUGACAUUGUUCAGACUACAAUUUAACUGUAAAUAAGAUCUGUAUCUGUAUUGUAAUAUUAAGUAUUGUCUUUUGUACAUAGUCAAAAUUUAUUGAAUUUAUUACCAUCUCACCAAAUUCAUACCAAUAGUGCCUCACAUGUUUAGUCCAAGCACUCUUUUAAAAUGCAUUUAGUUAAGAUUAGGUGUGGUAUUUUUGUAUCCAGGGGGGUUUUAUUGCACAAACAUAGUUUAGAUUAAAUUGUUAUUUUGAAGAAAAGUAUGUUUAUAUACACAGACAACUACUUUUCAUUUUUAUGUAUGAAAUUAUUUACAUUUGUUUUGAAGCUUUGGAUAUAUAAUCGUUGCAGAAGCAUAUUUACUCAACAUAGAGCAGGGCCCUGUAUAACAUUCUAUCAAGAGUGACAACGCUAUUAGAGACCAUAAUUGAAAAUAAAAGCAAUGUUUAUGUAAACUAUAAACUCUAUUAACAGCUGUUAUUAAUCUUUGAGAGAGAGAAUGUACUUUUUUAAAUAUUUUUUUUUACAUCCAUUUGAUUACUACAAUUUGUCCCUUUCACUUUCACUUCAACACAUUUAAUUUGAAUUCUACUCAAAUGGCAAAGUGGUCGAAAUUGUAAAAUAGAACAGCGUAUGCUGAAGAAUCCAUUUGUAUUUUUUUAAUAUUGUACAAUCAAGAGAUGUAAUGUAAAGAAACAGAAUAACAGAAGCAAAAUUGUGUUUUUAAUGAAGACAUUGUAUUACAUUCAGGUGGAUCUCUCUCUCUCUCUCAAUGUCUCUCUACUUCUCUCCCUCACUGUCUCACUUAAUGCAAGUCUCUGGUGUUUGGUUAUACUAAAGAAAAUAUAUGACUAUCAUGAAAAAGAGUCACGCUGUAUUUCUUUUGCACCUUUUAUAGGUAAACAAAUAUCUGCAAUGUUAAUAACAGAGAACGAAAGCUGAAAAUGUCCUCGCUUUUAUUUGAUGGAGUUGGAGUUUUGAAUACUAUUUAGAUCUAUUGUGUUUCGUUCUGCAAAAUAAAUCUAAUAAACGGUUAAGAUACCAA